AUGCCAGUAUUCCACCAACGUUGGCACAAAUACGACAGACACUUACUGGCCUUUUCUGGCAAUUUAAACAGGGCCCGUAUUAUGCCAGUAUUCCGCCAACGUAGGCACAAAUACGACAAACACUGGCUGGCCCUUGCUAACAUAUCCAUCGGGACCCGUAUUAUACCAGUACUAGAUCAGCACUUGGCUGCCAGUACAGUAUUUCAGUACUGGUUUAGUGCUGUCGAAAAGUAA